CUUCAGUCGAGAAAAAGUAGUGGGAUCGACAAGGUCGCUUUAUUUGAUUCACUUGCUUAAAACAUAGCAUGUAAACCUUUCUUGGUUCAGUCAGUCUUAUUUUAGCAGUAUUAAAAAAGAUCCAUUUCUUGGAAUCGUGCUGAAUUGGGUGUGUUAGCAUUUUUUUGUGACAGUUUGUGUUCUUACAUUUCUGACAAGUUUUAAGGACGAGAGAGGAUUUUUUUACAUAAAUUGUGUCGUCGUCGUGUUCUUUAAAAUCUGAUAGUGCAUGAUCUCUCCUUCUUCUCAUUUUUAAUUUUAUGACAUCAUCUUAUUUUUCUGUCUCAUUUUCUGGACUUGUUUAAGUAGAUUUUAUGAUAGUAUUUCUGAACAAAGAAUUUUAAUUUCCGUGUAAAAAAAACUCUACCGAAAAGUUAAAGUUCUGUUGUAUGUCUUCCGUGUGGGACGUGAUUAGUUAAGAGCAAUCUGUAUGGAAAUCGAAACUGUGGAACUUUUCUAAUAGAUAUUUAUUGUAUCACACUUUGUAUUGGUGCUUGUAGUAAAAACUUGUUAAAAAUUAUUAAAAAAAGAUACAAAUCUCCAAUUCCCCACAAACUUGGAAUUAGUUUGGAUGUAUAACUAAUCUACCAAUCGUGUAAUCAGAAAUAUUUUGGAUACGCAAUUGUUGAGUCCAUUCUUUUGGUGCCAUCAUCAUCAUCAUGAAGUUUAAAAACUUUUUCCUUUCUUGCUCCUCCACUUCUGGGGGUCGAAGUCGAAAGGUUGAAGAAAAGCAGCAAAAAUACGGUGGGCUGAGACCAGUGUCACCACCAGCACCCACUCUGCUAGCGAGUACUAAUGUCCCCACAACCAUACAACAUCCCGUCGUUGUCGCAGCUGCAGAUCUACGCCAAGAUUAUUACACGGGCCCAAGGAAAAAGCAUUUGACAAAUUCCUACUCGAGCUACAGUUGUGGUUCAGCAUCUUCUCAUAGCUCGUCAAAAAGUGGUAGUUGUACGAGUGCGAGUAGUGGAAUUGGCAGUUAUUCCAGCUCCAAUUCGAAUCCGAAUUCCAUUUCGAAAAACAAGCGGACCCUCGAUAGUCGAAGUGGUCGGUACCGGUCAGAGCGACAACUUAAGCCAAAAUGUACUAGUCGUCAGUGUUGCAACAAUGGGAAAGAGUUUCACCACAAGAUCACACUGGCCGAUUAUGACGCGAGCCCAACACCCCCGGACGAUCUGGGAGUAAAAGUUGGAGAUAGAGUCGUCUGGCUUCGAGAACCACCGCAAACGAACGAAGCUGGAAAAGUGAAGUGGAUCGGAAUUAUUGAAAACGAGGAAAUUGCCGGAAUUGAAUUUGAUCGCCAACUUGGACUUGGCUCUGGUUGGUACAAAAAUCGCCAACUCUUCACCUGUGAACCUCAAUGUGGAGGAUUAGUGGCCGUAGCGGGAUUGAUACUUGAAGACGACUACUUUUACAAUCCAAACAUCCCCUCGAGUUCAUCCUCUCCCGUGAGCCCAUACAACGACCGGAAAGUUAGUAACAAGAGACUGACCAGUGGGGGUGGAAGUGCAGGACACAGCAGUCCGAGUCCAAGCAGCAGUUCUAGUACGAGUUUGGAGAUUGAUCAGAGAAAUCAAGUGGUUCAGGAGCAGCAAAGUCAUUACGGAUCUCGCCAGCAGUUUAGUCAACCUGUUGAUUAUACCAGCCACACGUGGAACUCACCUGCAAAGACUGAGCUAGACGAGUCUACCUUGCUGGUUGGAGACUUUACAGUCGUACCCGCCGUAUUACCUGUCGUUGAUUGUGGAGACGGUCAUUUCGAUCCCCCUUCUGGAGAGUAUAAAUAUCCUAAGAGAGAAAUUAUGCCCAUCCCACACAUUGUGCAACCCAUUCGAGAAGAAGAUGUGGACCGAAUCAAUGGUCGGCAAAAGGGGAUCCAAGGCCAUCGAAAUUCCUGCUACUUGGACGCAACUCUCUUCUCCAUGUUCUCAUUCUCCAGUGUUUUCGACUCUAUUCUCCUCCAGGAUUAUAGACACGUUGUCAAUCGAAGGGACGAAGAGGACGAAUCAUUGUCCAGAAAUGUCCAGAAAAUAUUACGUGACGACAUUGUAAACCCUCUGCGAAAGAACUUGUACUGCAACGCCAGCAAUGUUAUGAAGCUUCGGGAGACAAUGGAACACUUGGAUGGAAAGUUGACUUGCGAGGAGAUGGAUCCCCAAGAAUUUCUCCAACUCUUAUUUGACAAAGUACUGAAUUUAAGCGAGUUCAUGUCCCUCUCUUCUGGACAAUCGGAUUUUUUCCAUCAAGUUCUCGUACAGCAAACGGACCAGGAUCGACAUAAGAUCCCGUCAAUUCAGCAGCUUUUUGAGCAGAGCUUGAUGUUACAAGAAUUGAAAUUAAAAGGUGUUCCUCAGCCAGCCCUCAUCUUACAGAUGCCCCGAUCAGGAAACAAGUAUAAAAUGUAUGACGGAAUCCUCCCAAACUUGACCAUUGAUAUUACGGACCUUCUGGAAGACAUCCCACGAACAUGCAUCAUUUGUGGGAGUCUUGCAACCCACGAAUGUUCGAGCUGUUAUGGAAAGUUUAACUCUGGUGGGAAAGAUCGUGACAGCUCGAUUUGCUCUCCUGUUGGAUCUGGAGCAGAAUCUACAGCAUUUUGCGAGACCUGUGUUAACCAGAUCCAUAAACGCAAAGACCGGCAAGGUCAUAUGCAAACCGUUAUGCCAAUCAAAUACAGUUUCUCUGCAUCUCAGUAUUUUCCCAACGCCAUCAACACUUCCUCCUCAAACGAUCCUUCUAGGUAUUACUUUGGCCAGUCCCAGAUUGGAAAUUGGGGAAACCCAAGUUUUAAUCGAAAUCCUACUCCUUUAAUUUCCUCAAUUCCUCCUCCCUCAAACUCCAAUUUUAGUCCCUAUGCUAGUCGUUCAAUUCCUAGAAUCACGAUGGAUCUUUUCGCCGUCAUCUGUAUUGAAACGAGUCAUUUCGUGUCCUUUGUAAAAUGUGGAUCUGAUCGUAAAGCACCGUGGGUCUUUUUCGACUCGAUGGCUGAUCGAGUUGAAAAUGUUAAUGGAACUGGACACAAUAUCCCACAAGUCCGGUUAUUACCGAAUAUGGGAUCAUGGUUGGACAGUCUAGAAAACAAGGGUGUCGAAAAACUCAUGAUGGAGGAGUCCAACUUCCCACCAGACUUGAAACGUCUGCUAGCUGAUCCGUACAUUUGUCUCUAUUACUCCAAGGAGUCUUCCAUGUACAGUUAAAUCAAGAUCACAAACAUUUUCACAAAGCGAAAACUUCACCAGUUUCCGCGUCGCAAAAGUUUUCCAACAAUCUUGCUAACUUAUUAUGAACUACAUACAUGUAUGCAAAUGUGGAUUGAGUAGUACCUCUUUAAAGUUUCAUGGGUCAAUUUGGGCUCUUCCACUUGGAGCAACAUAACAACAGGUUGAGUGUGGGUAGUAAUUAGUGUGUAUAUCAACCCCCUUUCUCUAUGUACAUGUUAACCUGCAUAAGAAUUUAUAUACAUAUUAUGUAGUUUUUAAACUUGAUCACAACGAGUAUUAAUCCAAAUUUUCCCUUAACAUGAUCUUAAUAAAGAAUAUUCAAACACUGACGAGUUGAAUUGUGUUAACGUAAUUUAAAUAAUUAUUAUUAAAGCGUAUGAAAUGAGUGGCAGAGAAGGGGAAAAAUGUUGCUGAUGUGAUAUCUGAUUGAGAGUUAUUAUCAGGAGGAGCCGUAUUUAUGCAUGGAAUGAAACCCAUGUUUUUGUGAAGUUACCCUGUACAGAGAGUUCGAGUAGAGAAAACACUAUUAUUAGUUGAGUAAUUAUGCCGUAUUUAAAGAAAUAUUCAUGACCAGAUUUUUGGUCCGUUUGAUCAGACCAGAUUUUCACUUACAGACUAAAUACAUAAAUAUGUAAGUAUUGCAAUAGGCAGGGAUAAGCGAAAUGUUGUACUGAUAUCCAUACUUUAUAUCGUGUAAAUCUGUGCUGAUAAUUAUCAAAUGUUAUACAAGAAAAAUAUAUUAGAGAAAAAAUAAACUAACUCAUUUGAACACUA